AUGUGGUCCCCCGUUGUUUUCGGCCUGAUUGCUUCCAUUGACUUUGUCGUAGCGCUUAGUCCCCGGGAACCGAGUGGCGUCACCACAAUCACGGCCCCCAACGGAGCCACGAUUCGCUACAAAGAGCCAAGCAAAGAUGGCCUCUGCGAGACCACUCCUGGAGUGAAUUCAUACUCUGGCUUCAUCGAUACCUCCCCCACCCGCCACACCUUUUUCUGGUUUUUCGAGUCCAGAAACGACCCGGCAAAUGAUCCAAUCACCGUCUGGAUCAACGGCGGGCCUGGAUCUGACUCCCUCGUUGGCGUGUUCACAGGUUUCGGCCCAUGUGCACUCACCGAGAACGGUACAACGGAAAUCAAUCCACUGAGCUGGACCAACGUUUCCAACGUGCUCUACCUUUCUCAGCCCAUCGGCACCGGCUUCUCCUAUGCCGAUCUCCAAGAAGGCUCUCUCGAUGAGUAUACGGGUCAAUUUCUCAGCGCUGACCUGGCAAACGUGACGGGAGUCUGGCCGGUCAUCAACGAGACUACCGCCAUCGACACAAGCGAAGAUGCAGCUGUUGCUGCUUGGGAUUACGUUCAGGCGUUCUACAGCGCGCUGCCGACCCUGAAUCCCAAGAUCAAAUCCAAAGAGUUCCAUCUCUGGACAGUGAGCUAUGGACCCGCAAUCAUGAAGCACUUCCAAGACCAAAACGCCGAGAUCGAAGCCGGCAACAUCAACGGCACCCACCUCGACCUCAAAUCCCUCGGCCUCGGCAACGCCUACAUCGACGCCGCCAUCCAAGCCCCCUUCUUCCCCCGCUUCGCCACCAGCAACCCCUACAACAUCACCGCCUACAACGCCUCCGUCCACGCCGCGGCCCAAUUCUCCCUGCACGCCCCGCGCACCGGCUGCCUCGCGCAGACGUCCGGCUGCCGCGCCCUGCAGGCCCUCUACCCGCGCACCGCCGCCCGCGACGCCGUCUGCGCCGAGGCGUGGCACGCCUGCUUCGACGGCGUCGAGGGCCCGUACCGCGCCGUCAGCGGGCGGGACCGGUUCGACGUGCGGGUGGAGGAGGGCGGGGCGGCGUCGUUCGACGCGGUGGAGGCGGGGGUGCAGGCGUUUUUGAAUGGCGAGGCGGUGCGCGAGGCGUUGGGGGUGGGGGCGAGCAAUUAUUCGGCGGAGAGCUCGGCGGUGACGUAUGCGUUUUUUCAGUCCGGGGAUGGGGUGUUGGGGGGUUUUUUGGAGGCGGUGGGGGAGCUGGUCGAGGGGGGCGUGAGUGUGUUGGUGUUUAGUGGCGAUGCGGAUUAUGCGUGUAAUUGGCUGGGUGGGGAGGCUGUGUCGCUGGCGGUCAACUAUACCGGCGCGGAGGACUUUGCGGCGACGGAGUAUACGCCGUUUGUGGUCGAUGGGGAAGAGCAUGGCCAGGCGAGGCAGAAUGGCAAUCUCGCCUUUUUGCGGGUCUAUGAUGCUGGUCAUAUGGUUCAGACGUACCAGCCGCGCGCCAUGUUGGAGUUCUUUAACAGGACCAUUCAUGGGCUCGAUGUGGCGACGGGGCUGGAGGAGGUCUCUUGA